UCUGGAAGUACCUAGAGUCACCUGCCUCGUAGCCCGCCAUACCUUAUUCCGUACCCUCUGUUCGUGUACCUGGACAUGUCACUGAGCGCGGGACUAUGGAGAACUCUGGGAAGAGCAACUUCGGCGAGGUCAGGCAUUGCCGGAUUCUCGCACUGCAGCAGGCGGAGUGAAGAUCAGGACAAGUUGACAGCAACGGGAACAACGGCGACGAAGAAAGAAGCGAAACUGCCUACACUACCCGAGGGCCCGCAAGAGAAUGAAGAGCAAGAAAAGAGGCAGCAGGCUAGGGAGGGGGUCAAGAAGACGGCAAGAUUCGGCCUGCCAUCCCUGGUAUUCUUUGCUGUCGGUCUGCCACUUGGAUACUACUUCAGCGACUACUUGCCUCUCCGCAAAGGGAACAGCCUGUCAGACCCGAGCGAGUUUGUAAAGUACACUCUGAUCGGCAAGGAGAAUGUGUCUUCAACAUGCGCCAUCUUCCGGCUUAAGCCUUCGACGGGAACCGCAGUAGAUUUGGACGACCCAAACCUCGAGCGAGCUAUCACGAGCGUAGAGUUUAAACAACCCCAAUUGCAAAUUGCGAGGUCGUAUACCUGUCUCCCUCAGGCGGAUGGGCAGCAUGAGGACGAGCUACGAUUCUUGAUCAGAAGAGAGCAGAAAGGUGAAGUCUCGAACUUCUUGCAUCGCCUGCCUGAGGGUGCCGAGCUGGAAACUCGUGGACUCCAUCCAGAGUUCGUGCUCCCAGAGAACGUGAACAGCGUAGCAUUUCUAGUUGGAGGUACAGGCAUAGCUCCUGCAGCACAGGCGGCAGAUAUGCUGUCAAGCGAAGCAGAUGUUCACAUUCUAUGGGCGAGCAGGAGAAGGGAAGACUGUAUUGGCGGAUACAACGAUACGCAACCCGAGGGCAGAAGUGUUGGCUGGAACUUCUGGGGUGCGUCCAAGGCCGCGAAGCAUGGGGAGAAAGGUGAGGACCUACCCAAUGCCGAGAAGGGGGCUUUAGUCACUUUGCUGGAGAACCUGAAGAAGCGCUCUGCCGGGGCAGAUGGUCGUACUAGACGUCUGACAGUCGACUACUUCGUGGAUGAGGAAGGCUCAUUCAUCAGGCCUGAAGAUGUCAAGCGUAUGCUCUACCAGCUUUCUCGGUCACAGAAAGACACGGACAGUGGCCGUAACAUUCUGUUCGUGUCAGGCCCAGAGGGGUUCCUCAGGUACUGGGCAGGCGCCAAGCAGUGGUCUAAUGGCAGAGAAGUGCAAGGGCCGCUCAGAGGCGUGCUGUCCACGCUGGAUCUGUCCGGGUGGGAUGUGGUGAAGCUGUGAUGGACUUGUGAAGGCACUUCGCCACCACCUUCAGUGAUCAUCCUUUGGGAUGGCGACAGUCCUGCCGGAGCGAGUAGCCACCUAUACCAUUGUAUGGUGUCGCGUAACAGCGUUGAACGCCUCGCCCUUGCUCACCCGCCACUGUAUCCCUUGUGAUGUGCACUUCCGGACACCGGCUCGAGGUCUUCGCUUAUCCGAAAACGGCUCCGCUAGUUGAACAGUACACAGCUUUGGCACUGAUUUCUCUACAGUACCAGAGCAGACUCUGUGCCAGACCUUGGCCAACGUUGCAACAGGAUUCUCUUUGGAGUACGAAUAUCUUUUUCGAGAAUAAUGUCGACACAGACACCAAUCCUCAGUAAGGCGACACACAGCACAGUGAAGGAGCCUAGCACUAGGUAUAUGAUACGAAUCUCACUGAUAAAUGGCGCUACGGAGGUAACUCCAGGUUGUUUUAAUAAGCGGUAGAGUAGUGGCAUAAGCUCGGGUAGUUGUGGAGGCCCACCUGGGCCCAGUUACGUGCAGCCGGCAUUAUACAGAUCGGCGACAAGAGCCCGGCGCACUACGCCGACGCUCUUUACUCACCUCAACUCCCUCACCUCGGCCUGAAGAAUAUGAUAUUGCCUUCUACACGUAACUCACCCAGAUUCUUCGUUCCGGCACGAUGGCUGGUGAUAGCGGAACGGGCCCGAGCGAGAGUGUGGCAUGUACUGAAGUUACGGUCGACAAUCACAAUACUGAGGAUGGCUCUCCUACUGCCCUGAGCCAUGGACGACCCGCAUGCUUCAAGAACACCUUCCAGGAGGUGCUCUUUGUCCUCUCA